AAAUAACACUUCUGCAUAUGAAUGCAAAUAAUCUGAACCUCCCGAGUCAACUUAAGGUAGUGAGUUAUAGAUUAACUGGCUAUUUUGUGGGUUCCCCUUGGCUGGCACUUUUCCGGUUACCUCUAUCACCCGUCUGCACUCGAUAAGUGUAGUUCGCAGAGCCUUAGUCACAGUCGAAUAUUCAAAUUGGAUCAUGGCGGCACAGAGUAAGCUAGCUGAGGUCGCAUUUAAUUGCACCUGCCAGGAGUUUAUCCAUCCUUGGACCAAAAGCUGCGCCUGCGCAACGGCUGGGAUGUUACUAUCCCUGAUCCCUGGCACCUUCCGAACUUAUAGUAUGGUCUACAUGUUGGCCCUUAUUAUGCGUAUGCGCAUUCCAUCGCUUAAGGAUCUAAGAAAUACUUUAUCCAGUAUUCUACAGUCGACGGCUUUUCUCUCCCUGAAUGGCAGCCUCUUCAUCCUGGCCAUUUGUUUGGUUCGCCAAUUUCUGGGUGGUUUCUACUUCGGCACGGCAGCCUGGCUUCCAGCUCUGUUGGUCAGCUCUUUAUCGCUGGCAGUCGAGCGUCCGGAGCGACGUGCUCCACUGGCCAUGUAUGUGGCCAAUGUGGGAGUCGAGACACUGUGGAAAAUGCUGGAGGCCCGUGGCCUGGUGCGAUCCAUCCCCAACGGUCAGGUGUUCAUCAUGGGCGUCAGUCUUACCGCUUUUAUGUAUCUAUAUCGCGCUGGACUCCACAAGACAGUGGCCAAGGAUGCGACGUUUAAGGCAUUGGGUUUGAUAAUGGGCAAGGAGGAGGAGGGACCUUUUAAUACUCCGCCAGUGAACAACUCGCAGCGAUCCCGCCCUUUGAGGCUAAAUAUCCGCUGCAUCACCUCGCACCUUCAGAUAUAUGACCAAAUGAUGACCCUCAAACAUUCUUGCUGUCCGCACAAAGCGGGAUGUGCUUUUUACGCCCUCCUUGGUGGCCUAAAACCCUUCCUAGGUGGUGUGGGUCUUCAAGUGGGCUUAAAGCUCCUGCUCAACAUUCCCAAGAUCUUGCAGUUUAAGAUGCAGUGGCGCCAGCAGAUCUUUAACAAGGGGUCCCUGCAGUUGGGUCUAGCGUUGGGAAUAUUUUCACUGCUCUAUAAGUUAACAUCUUGUGGCCUGCGUCACUCAUUUGGUUACGACAAAGCUGUAUUCGCCAUUCCAGCUGGCCUAAUAGGAUCGAUUGGUCUUCUGCACUUUCCCAACACCACGGUGUCCUUGUAUCUGAUGUGGAAGUCCCUACAGCUACUGUACAACUGGGGUGUCUCCCAGGAAAAGGUUCCCGAGGUUCCGAACUUCUCCUUGAUCAUGUACGGAUUUUUCACGGCCGUCCUCUGCCACUCAACAGUACUGGAGGCACGAUCCAUGCGGCCGAGCUACUUUAAGUUCAUUCAGAACAUUUCCGGAGGUCGUCUCAGCCGGUUCAAUUUGAAAUCCUUCGAGGCUUUUGGAGUACAAAGUCAGGAUCAGGCCAACCAAGUGAUUAAGAAACUGGGCAUUGUUAUGAGCUCGCCAAACCCCUUAUUUCCCCUUAUUGUUUAGGUGUCACUUAAUUCCAUUUCUUAAGAAAAUCAAAUCGUAUAUUGUCAGGAUUAUUGUAAAAUAAUGUUCACCAAGUCGCCUUGCA